AUGGAUCCAUUAAAAUUUUUGGAGUCUCCUGCUCUGACUGUCAGACUAGUUAGAUGGCAGAUGUUGUUAUCUGAAUUUGAUAUUGUCUAUGUGAGCCAAAAGGGAAUAAAAGAGAGUGCCAUAUCUGACUUUCUUGCAAGUCGUGCCUUGGAAGAUUACGAGUCUCUAAACUUCAAUUUUUUAUACGAGGAUUUGAUGUGUAUUUCUACUGAAGAAUUAAGCAUCGGGGGCAACAAAUCUUGGACAUUGUACUUUGAUAGAGCCUCUAACGCUUUUGGAAAAGGAAUUGGGGCAAUGUUGAUUUCCUCAGAAGAGAUCUACUAUCCUUUCACAAGUAGAUUAGAAUUUUUUUGCACCAACAACAUGGCAGAAUACAAAGCGUGUAUUAUGGGGUCAAAGGAAGCCAUUGAAAGAAAGGUCAAAACACUUAAAGUAUAUGGAUAUUCCUCAUUAAAAGUGUCCCAACUAAGGGUAGAAUGGGAGAUGAAGGACCUGAAGCUAGUUGAAUAUCGAAAUUUGGUCCUCGAACUACUGAAAGAAUUUGAGGAUGUCAAAUUUAGGUAUCCCCCUGAGAAGAUAAUCAAAUGGCUUAGGCUACAUUGGCUGCGAUGUUUAAAGCUAAUAAGAAGAAAGACAUGA